UGAGGCUAUGGCUGAGGAAGGCUGUUGUUGUCUUCCUCUCCCCCGUCGACGUUCCCGGUGUUCAGCACGUCAUCUCCUCACCUCUAGGCAGCCGUGCAAGGUGCUCUUAUAUCCGGAGGAAGGCUGGGCCCGCAGCGCCAUGUCAUCCUACUGGAUACUGGCGCCUUGCUGGUGGAGCUGGUCUAGGUGUAAGGUCAUUGAGGUCACAGGCACGAGGAGGUUUACCACAAAAGCUCAAAUGAUCAGCUCCGAUCACAGUUUAUGCAUCAUUGGUUCCUUUAAGAAGAUGAACAUUGAUCCUGAUUUUAAGUUGAGUUUAACAUCCAACGUGACGAUGGCAGACUUCAACAUGGGCUACAUGAUGACUGGAUCACUAGAGCGAGGACACAAGAAGAAGAACAGUUACCAAACAACACACUUUGCCAUCAUCCAGAGAACUGAUUUCUCCAACUCCUAAGAAUCCUUGACGCUGUGAAGUAGAGUAAGCCGCUUCAAAACAUGCAAGUAUAAUGUAAACACGGUGGCCCAAUGUUACCAACAGGAAACAACAAUAUUUGUCUUAAGCACUCAAAAAUUACCUAUACAGCUAUUUUGUACCAAAUAUGAAAUCCAAUCAGUGCAAAGAUAAUCCUUUAUAUCCAUUAGGAAUAUGAAAGUAUAAAAAGUAUAAAUUUAAAAUUUUACCAUCUCCUCUUAAUUGUCAGA